AUGUCAAUCGAUAAUAAAACCGAUAACAGCGAGCUUUCACCUUCGGGGGGACGCCCUAUGAGAAAUGAUAGUGGAGCAAGUCUUCCAUACGCUUCAGAAUCAAGCAGCUCAGACAAUCGUUCAUUUGCAGAUGUAUACCCAAGCGGUGUAGCUCCAUGUUACUCUCAAGGAUUAAUUUGUAUUGAUGGAGAUUGUAUUUGUCACGCUUUCAACGCUGAAAGAGAAAAAAACUUGGAAACUCUACGAGCUAUGAGAGGCUUGAUAUCGGGUCUGCCCAAGCCAGUGCUAGACGUCGACUCAGACUCAGACGAGGAGAUAGUCUGCAAAGCUCCUGAAGAUACCGACAUCAACCGAAUCUCUGGCUCGCGCUUGUCUGAAGGUAACCGGAUAAAUAAUCUCGAAAGCAAUAGGACACAUGCAGUCAAUGCGACGAAUUUUGCUCAAGGAGAUUCAAAUGUGUUCUUUCCUAGUCGAAACUCCUCAUGGAACCGUCUUCGGCGGCGGCAUUACGAUUGCGCUCAAAUGGUUUGCAAUUCUCUAAGACCCGAACGAUUCAGAGCUACUCUUACAGCGCAACUCAACGCACUAUCAAGUCGAAGAGACCAAAUUGAGACUUCGCGGUCGGAAGGGCCUGUGGCGAAGCCUUGA